AUGGCACGUACCGUCCUCUCCAUCACGGCUGCGCUCUUGUGCGCCAUCGCGGGUGUCGCGCAUGGCGCAAACGACCAGCCCGCUCAGGCACCUGCUGCUCAAGAGCCCGCGGUCAUUCCGGGAUCCUACAUGGUGGAACUACAAGACAGCGAGCCGCUGACCAUCGCAACUGGACAACAGGACACUAGCGCCUUCAUCACCAGCCUAAAGUCCGACCUCGGUCAGGACAACGUCUCCCCGCGUACUGAGCUCAAGUCGAGACUUUUCAACGGCGUCUCGUUCCGCCUCUCGGAUGACUUGGUCCGGGAGAACGACAACUCCACCGUCAACAAGAUCGCCAACCUGCCCCAGGUCAAACGACUUUGGCCCGUGCAGAUCGUCCCGCGGCCGCAGACAGAGACCGCAUGGACGGCAGAAGGCGUGCAGACGCAGUCCAACAGCCGCCAUCGACGCCGCCAAGCCGCGGUCCCAUACCCACCUCACGUCCAAACCCAGGUCGACAAGCUGCACGCCCGCGGCCUGACAGGAAAAGGUGUGCGGAUCAGCAUCAUCGACUCGGGCGUCGACUACCUCCACCCCGCACUGGGCGGCUGCUUCGGCCCGGGCUGCGUCGUGUCCUACGGCUACGAUCUUGUCGGCGACGCCUACAACGGCAGCAACACGCCAGUGCCUGAUCAGGACCCCCUGGACCAGUGCGCCGGCCAUGGCACCCACGUGGCUGGCAUCAUCGGCGCGCAGCAGGACAAAGUCGCACUGACCGGCAGCGGGCUCAAAGGUGCAGCACCGGGCGCGACGCUGGGUAUGUACCGCGUCUUUGGAUGCACCGGCGGGUCUGGAGUCGACGUCCUCAUUGCCGCGGUAAUCAGGGCGUUCGAGGACGGCAGCGACGUCAUCACUGGAUCCUUGGGCGUCUCGAGCGGCUGGAGCGAGAACCCGUUCGCCGUCACCGUGUCGCGCAUGGUGGCGGCCGGGGUGCACGUUACCUUUGCUGCAGGAAACGAAGUUGGCGGGACCGAGGGAAUGUUUGGUAUCAGUGCGCCAUCGACGGGUGGUGGAGUGCUUGCUAUUUCCUCAUACGAAGCGUCCCUGGCUCCAACUUACGACGCGGCCAAGGGAACGGUCGUGUACACGCGCCAAGGAGUGCAAAGCGGCAGUGUCAGCCGCUUUACCAGCUGGGGGCCCAACUACGAGUUGCAACUCAAGCCACAGUUUGGAGCACCAGGCGGGCAGAUCCUCUCGCUUUGGCCGACCGCCUUGGGUGGAUAUGCGGUGAAUUCCGGCACUUCAAUGGCCACGCCGCUUGUGGCGGGCGUCAUCGCACUGCUUAUCGAGGCGCGCGGCAAGAUCGCACCAGGCGUGGUGGAGAAGAUGCUUUCCUCAACGGCGAAGCCAGCACAGUCUUAUCGCCUUUCUAGUGCAGGCUUCUGGGUUCUCAAUGAUGGACUGGCGCCCGCCGUUCAACAAGGCGCUGGCCUCAUCCAGGCGCUGGACGCGCUCGAGUCCACCGUGACUUUGGACGUGCCAAACCUGUCACUCAACGACACGGACAAUUUCUCCGGCUCGACUUCGUUCAAAGUCACAAACCUGGGACAGGAGAUUGCCACGUACAAUGUUUCUCACUCGCCUGCCAACACGGCCAACUCCCUCAACGCCAUCUACAGAAACUCAGACCCCGACUUGAGCAAAGCUGCAGCAAAAGUGUCGCUUGAGCCGUCGACGCUGACUCUGGCGCCAGGUGAGAGCGCGGAGGUGACCGUGGUGGUUUCCCCACCUACCGACCACGGCUUCGAUCCCACAAGCCUGCCCAUGUACUCUGGGUGGGUGACGCUCAACGGGACCGGCAGCACGGGUCCGGCCCAGUCGUUGUCGCUGCCAUACUUUGGAUGCGCCGGCUCCAUGCGCAACGCGACGGUCAUGGCCGUGAGCAGGAUGCAAUUAUUGGACACUGGGAAUGCGAACGGCAGUGGUCUACGAGACAAUGUAACGUUCCAGCUUGCCGCACCAAGCGCACACACUGACUGGGCCGUCGAUGCGCUCAACGUGACGAGCGACGUUCUCGCAGUUGGGUCGAUGCCGGUAGCACACACAUGGCUGGUGCUGGGAAGCCCCGAGCUCAGGUUAGAGAUCGUGCCACUUGAGGGACCCGCGCUGGCAGACGCAAAAGACAACGGGCUAGGCUUGAAGGUCCUCGGCAGCGCAGGGGCAGAGUUCCCAGUCAUGUAUAGCCGUGCUACGGGGCAGCUGACUGGCUGGGAUGGCAGUCUGGCUGAUGGGACGUGGGUGCCGGCCGGGCGAUACCGGUUUAGUAUAUCUGCACUCAAGAUCAUGGCCGACCGCACAAAGCGGGAGUCGUGGGACGUGUACAACUCGCCCGAGUUUUACAUUCGCUGGGUCAAGACUGCCUAG